AUGGAUGCCACAAUCGACUACUACAAGAAAUGUUUUGGCAUGCAGCUCCUUCGGUACAGAGACAUAAAAGAAGAAAAGUACACGAAUGCCUUCUUGGGGUAUGGAAACGAACGGACCCAUUUUGUCACUGAGCUGACAUACAACUAUGGUGUUGACUCGUACGACCUGGGAGAGGGAUUUGGCCACUUUGGUAUCCAGCUGCCAGAUGUCUACAAGGCAGUGGGUGAUAUCAAGACUGCAGGAGGGAAGGUCUCAAGGGAUGCUGGACCGGUGAAGGGCGGCACGACUGUCAUCGCCUUUGUUGAGGACCCCACUGGCUACAAAUGGGAACUCAUCCAGAAACCCGAGAAACGAGACGAUCCCAUGUGCCAGGUCAUGCUCCGGGUGGGCGACCUGGAGAAGAGCAUAAAGUACUACAAAGAGGCCCUGGGAAUGCAGUUGCUGAGGACGAGGGAGAAUCCGGAGUACAAGUACACCCUUGCGUUCAUGGGUUACGGCCCAGAGGACAGCAGCCCAGUGAUGGAACUGACGUACAACUGGGGCAAGGAGAGCUACACGAAGGGCAAUGCCUACGGCCAAAUUGCAGUCAGCACGAAAGACGUGUACAAGACUGCUGAAGACAUCAAGGCGGCUGGGUGGGAGCUGACCAGAGAGGCGGGGCCUGUGCCGGGCAUCGGGACCAAGAUCUGUGCCACUGUGGACCCUGACGGCUGGAAGACCGUGUUUGUCGAUGAAGAAGACUUCUUGAAGGAGUUGGUGGAGGCAGAGAGCCAGGCAUGA